AGUGUACUAUGCGUGUACUCAGUGUGACGAGGUGUCUCCCUUGUGCAGAUGGUGAAGCUUCCUUUUUAAAGGUUAUUGAGCUUCACGGAAAAAUAGAAAUGAAUAAUAUUAGUAUUGUAGAAUCAGCAAUAUAAUUAAAAUGAAAUGACAAAUAUCCCUUCCGAAAAUAACAUUCUAUUGGAGAUUGGAACAGACAAAGACCGAAACUUUGAUGUGACAGUGCUGGCGGCCGUCGAGUUGGUAUGAAAAAUGAAUUGAGAAGUGCCAGAGGCGGCAACAGUGAAGGCAAACCUGACAUAGGUUUCUACGACAUAAAAUAUUAUUUUCUACUGUUCCUGCCAUAUUGGAGUCUCAUGAAGGGAUUUGGUUGGUUUCUCGGCAAUAGUUGAUAUGGAAGAAACGAAAAUAAUUUACCACAUAGACGACGAAGAAACACCGUAUCUAGUGAAGUUGACAAUUGCCCCCGAGCGAGUUACUUUAGCGGACUUCAAAAAUGUUCUCAAUCGGCCCAAUUACAAGUUCUUUUUCAAGUCCAUGGAUGACGAUUUUGGUGUUGUUAAAGAAGAAAUUAUUGAUGAUGAUGCCCAUUUGCCAUGCUUCAACGGCAGAGUUGUUUCAUGGUUGGUGUCAGCAGAAGGCAGUAAUGUAUCGGAUGGUACAUCGCAGUGCACUGAAAGUGUCACUCAUUCAGACAUGAAAGUUCCUUUGGACCGCCAAACAGAUAUGCAUAUUGUGAAUACAGUUCACAAUCCUAGAACAACUUUGGAAGAUACAACUUGCACAGAAACUGAAUCCAUCAUUAGUUCUCGUCAAGGCCAUCAUAAUAUUCACAAAGGAUCUAGGCACCAUGGGGACAAAUAUGAAAAGUACAAUAAAUAUAAUGGCGUACGUAUCAAUGGCCAUUCAAAACAUCGUUCUGGUCAUGGAUAUGAAUCUUCAUCGAUGUUGAGUUCUGAUUUGGAAACAACAAGUUUCCUCGAGUCUGAAGAUGAUGCUUCAAGUAGAAUUACCACUACCACCGGAAGAGCAACAAAUUUGUCUGUGGACAGACAAACAUUGGGAACAGAACACAGCAGUGUGUCACGUCUUCAGUUGGGUCGUCGCCGACCACAACGUCGUCGCAGACAUCGUGCUCCCCCUGCCAUGUCACGCACAUCUUCCUUCUCAUCCAUCACAGAUUCCACCAUGUCUUUGAACAUUAUUACUGUGACAUUGAAUAUGGACACAGUUAACUUCUUAGGAAUCAGUAUUGUAGGUCAGAGCAACAAAGGAGGGGAUGGAGGCAUUUAUGUGGGGUCCAUCAUGAAAGGGGGAGCAGUGGCUAUUGAUGGUCGCAUAGAGCCUGGGGACAUGAUCCUUCAAGUAAAUGACAUAAAUUUUGAGAACAUGUCGAAUGAUGAAGCAGUGCGAGUGUUAAGAGAAGUGGUGCAGAAACCUGGGCCUAUCAAAUUGGUGGUUGCCAAAUGCUGGGAUCCAAAUCCAAAAGGUUAUUUCACUAUUCCACGCACUGAACCUGUGAGACCUAUUGAUCCUGGAGCAUGGGUUGCACAUACUGCAGCUAUUCAAGGUACUCCAAUAGGUGAAUCCUUUCCUGUUAGACCUCCAUCUGUGACAACAUUAACUUCCACAAGUUCUUCAAUCACCUCCAGUGUUCCUGACACAGAAAGACCGUUUGAAGACUUACAUUUAUCAGUCAAUACUGAUAUGCGAACCAUUGUGCGAGCUAUGGCUAGACCUGAUUCUGGUUUGGAAAUACGUGAUAGAAUGUGGCUGAAAAUUACAAUUCCCAGUGCAUUCAUAGGCUGUGAUGUAGUUGAUUGGUUGCAUAACCAUGUUGAUGGUUUUGUGGAUCGUCGGGAAGCUCGUAAAUAUGCUUCGCAGAUGCUUAAAGCUGGCUACAUUCGUCAUACUGUGAAUAAAAUAACGUUUUCGGAACAAUGCUACUAUGUGUUUGGAGAUAUUUGUACUGCAAUGUCAAACUUGAAACUUCAUGAAGACUGUGUGUCAGUGGACCAUGACACUGUGGGUCCACUGCCUCCCCCAAGCACCAUGCCACCCACGUGGGGCAGUUCCCACAUGCCUUACUCUGGCACAUACCUCCCACACACAAGUGCGGGGUAUGCGCCAAUGCCUUUUAACUACACAAAUGAACCGUCAGUGUACGGAUACACAAGGGAAGAAAGUGUCCACAGUGGCUCUGGUGGCAGUAGCAAUGAUUCUGAGCAUGUGUGCAAAGAAGCUAGUGCUGACUUGGCCAAAUCGGGCAGUUCUGCAAGUGAAAGUGAUCUGGCCACCCAAGGUAUAGCAGCUAGUAAACCAUCAGGCAGUGGCCGUAGAUCAGGAGGAUCUAGGUCCCGCUCAAGUGGCUCAGAACAAUCUGUGGCAACCACAUCAACUGCCGGCCAGCAGUCACAGCACCCACUCCAGCAGACGCAAGAUCUUUCUGGUAGUAGACAGUCCUUUCGCAUUGCAAUGGGCAACCCUUGUGAAUUUUUUGUAGAUGUUAUGUAAAUUUACUGAAUACCAAAUGGGAAUAUUGCACGUUUAUGUUGAUAGUGCUUAAUUGACUUCAGAGCUCUAUUGAGCAAUAAAUAUGAACAUAUUUUAAUUAAUGAUAAAAUAAUGUGUUCUUCACACAUUAUGCUAUAAUGUGACAUUUUCUCCCAGUGUGUUUGAAAUUUCUUAUCAUUGUCAUUUCAUGUUUACUUUCUAUUAUAUAUGUUAAUCUUCCUUAUCUGUUACUUUUUUAACUUUAUUCAAUAUACUUUGUGAUUCAGAAAGUGAUAUCCUAGUAUUGCUUGCCUUUUGAGAACCCUUGCAAAUCAUUUUAUAAAAUUGUAGUGUUAUUGUAUGUUCAAAAUUAUGAAAUGUUUUUGAAACAUUAUAUUCAAUAUGAUUGUUUUGAAAGAAAAUUUUUCAAUUGAGUUUUCCUUCGCUUCUUUAACUUUCUGAUUCACUACGUGUAUUUUCAUCUAGACUAUUUCAAUAUAAAUAGUGACUUAGAAAUGUAUGACUGGUCCAAGAAUUUGUACGAAAGUGGAAAAAUGUGAGAAUGUCUGUUUUAGAGGAAAAAAGAUAUAAUUUGAUGAUGCAUUACACCUUUCUGGUCUUGUAAAUGAAUUAUGAGCACUGUGGAGAAUUGCCAUGUAGAAAGGUGUCUGUGCAAUAGCAUGUUGUGUUAUAUGUAUACUGGUAUACGAACAAAAUUCUGACAUGGCUCUAAUAAGUCACUUUAUUACUAUACUUCCUUUUGAAACUCUUUGUUAAUAGAGGACUUAAAGUUAAGUACAAUGCCUUUAAGAUUUUAGAGACUGCUAGAGUUGUUUUCUGUGUUGUUUUGUGUGACAAGGAUGUAUUGUGGUGUCGCAUGCAUAAAAUAGGAAGUUAACUGGCAAAUUUGCGAAGUAACAUUUGUGUCCAAACUUUGCAAAAUUUUGUUUCAAGGCCAAUCAAGUUAGUGUCCAAUAUAUUUCAUAUUUACUGUAUAUAUGUGGCUAAUUUUUUUUUAUACGUUCAUUUUCACAUUGCAUAUGUUGACAGUGUAGUACCAACUUGGCAUGAUCAUCAUUGGAUCAAGUUUAACUUCAAAUGUUUUGAAAGUCCACUGGUUAAAAUAGUGUUGCUUAUUAUUAUUCCUUAAAGUUAAUGUUUAAAUUGCAUCUUACAAAGUUUUCUGUAGAAAACUAAUUUUUUAUGCUUUUUGGUUGACUUGCCAUUUUAUCCUCAAGAGGUAAGUUCAUACGAAACAAGAUACAAAUGUUUUUAAACCAUACUUGAAAAUUUUGUUUAAUGCUAUUUAAAAUGUGUUAGAGUACACAGAACUUUAAUAUUACAUUAUUUUCAGUUGUGCACAGAUGUAAUUUUUCUUGCACAGAUGUACUUUGGCUUGUACAUAACCAUGUGGUUUUGGGUGGUAAGUCUUCCUUGAUUCACCUUAUAUAUUUUUGUGAUCAACCUUCACCUGGUGGUAAGUAAGAAAUUUGGCAUGAUCAAUGCACCUAUGUGGACACCAUUCCCUAUUUUCAAUAUUGCAGAUCCAAGUAGUGGCAAAUUAACUACUUUAACCAGUGGGGCAUCAAUAAUUGCCAACAGACACUUGUAAGAGUUUCGCUAAGGCAAUACGUGGAGGACACUAUAGUCCCAGCAGCCCUCUAAUGUUAGGUCAAAACUUUUUUAAAUUUUAUUUGACCGCAUCGUUUUACUCAAUGAAUGUUUGCACUACACUCGUGCUAUUCCUGGUUUCUGAGGAGAGGCUCAAAUGUGAAAAUGAGGACUUAAAAUGCAAAUUGCCAUUAUGUUGCUGUUAUUUACAGUGCUUGAUUGCCUGCCUCUACUAUUUUAGUGUUUAAUUGUCCUGUGCUAUGUACUCUGAAAUGUCUUUCUCUUCUUGUUACUCCAUGCUUUUGUUAGCGUAGUAAAAUGUGUAAUUUUUUUGAUAUAAAACCUUAAAAGUUGUGUUAUGAAUCCUCGAGUUAUUUGAAAGCUUCAUGAACUUGUCUAAUGAAAUUAAUUCCCCUCUUUUAUUUUAUUUUUUUCCCCUCCAAAAUGUAAUGUGGUCAUCUAAAUGUUUCUAAACUAUUAUGUGUUGAAUUAAUGAUAUUUGAUUCACUGACAAAUACUUAUUGUGGAAUCAGUCACUAUUUCACUUGUAUAAACAUUUUUGAUUAGACAUUGCAUGGAAUUCAGCUUUAUUGGUUUAUUAUUAAAGUUGGCCGUGCAGUUUAACUUUCUAUUUUCAUUAACUUUUUAAUAUUGAGCAAUUUUGAUUCAGAUUCACUCUUUUCUGUCAUGAAGGAUGGAAAGAUAUUAAAGUGAAGGAAGAAUGCUGGCCUACUGGAGUAUUUAAACAGAAACUAAGCAUGUAGUAGUGGGGCUUUUGUGUAUUAGGGACUAUUAUUCAUUAUGUACAUAUUUUACCAAAAGGUAAAAUAAUUACAUGUAUGAAUAUUUAUGUUAAUUCAAAUUAACAUAAAUGUGUGUAUUAUAUGAGGUGUGAAUGUGAUUACUUGUGAAUAUGUGACUUCAGAUUGUGGGUGAAAGAGAUUGGUUGAUGUGAGAUGUGUGAUGAAUAAAUGUGUUACCUUGUACAGAAUAAUUUUUGGUGCCAAAUGGAAUGCUUUUUUGUAUGUGGUACAAGGUUGGUAUUGCAAUCUUCCUGUGAACAAUGUGGGGCAUUAUGUCUGCUAUUGUAAGUGGACUUGUCAACCAGGCAUAUCUUCAGGAGUCCAGAAAAUAGCUCAAGAAGUUUGUUGUUUAAGUUCCAUUCCUCCACUUUCUGUUUUGGAGAUUGAUAAUGUGAACUUAAUUGCCCAUGUCUGGACAUGCCCUUACGUGUUAGGUCCAUUUACUCACUUGAAGAAAUCUUUAAAUUUCUUUGCAAGUUGUAGGUGAACUACUGUCAUACCUAUUUGUGCAUGGGAUAGUUAGCGGUAUUUGUUCCAUGAAAAUGUACAGCUUAAAAUGGUAAUUUUGGCAUUGUCAUAUGUAAUUUACACAGUACUUCUCCCAAUGUGUGUUGCCUAUGCUUUGUAUGUUCAGUGUUUUGGCAUAUUUAUUGAGACCUCAGGCUCAAAUACUUUAGAGCCUGAAUUUUUGUUCUUUUUUGUGCAAGUUUGACAGACAUUAAUAAAACUUUAAAACAAUUGUUAAUUCUUAAAUACAAGAGAAAAUUGUGAAAAUGCUGAAGUUCCACGUUAUAAGUGUAGCUUUGGAAAUUAUGAGAUUCUUUGCAAGAAUGCUGCUCACUUUCUCUGCAAGGACAUUUACCAUUUCUCUUUGAUUAGAAUCUGUGUAUUUGUCUGACAGAGCAUCAUGCAUGUUUCCCCCCACCUUUUUUUGCUUUGACCUUCUUGAGAAGGAUUUAAAAAAAAUGAAAGUGUAGAUAAAAUGCAAUGUCAUCCACUACUUUAUGAAGACUGUUUUAUGAUGCAUUGUAUCACAAAUCAGAAGAAUUCUGUUGGUGAGGGACAGAAUUUGAAGAUGAGAACCUCAGAUAAUAUUGUGACAGGUAAACAAUUUUCAACAGAGGUAAAAUAAAGAUUUUGUCAUGCACCCUUAACAUAAACUGAGUUUGCAUUUAAGAAAAGACUGGUGCCUGUGAUUUCCUAUAGUUGUUUCAGUUUCCCUUUGGCAAUUCAUAAUAAAUUAUUUGAAAAAUAUAUCUUAUUGUUUUCAUGUAGGUAUACAAAAUUACUCUACAUCAUGAACAUUAUUUCAUUUUAUAAUUAUCUACAUUUAAGUGUAGAAUCCCACUUUGUUUGAAUACCCUCAACCCGUGCGCUGCUCAAGUACUUCGUGAAAUCUUUUUUUAGUUCAUUGAAUGUUUUGUGUUGUGUGAAAGAAGAUAUAACAAGUAAGGGUUUUCAAAGAAGCUCUUCUCAGAAAGGCUAAUGUGCAGCAACAAUAGGUAAAGGAAAUUCAAAAUAUUUCAUUAAAAAAUCGUAGGUAUGUAGAAGCACAUACUCAAAGUGGUCAAAAUGUCUUUGCAAGUUUCUGGUGUGUGUAGAAAAUACAAUUUAAUUUUUCUAUCUGGGUUUUAGUCUUACACUGAUUAAUUUUGGAUUUUUUUUUCUUUUUAAAUUACCUUACUCCCGUUUUAACAAAUCCAUAACUUAGUAAGACCUGUUUUUGUUCUGCCUGGUUUGCAUAAGUAUUUUCACAUAUUAUUCAUUUUAUUGUUUUUGGUAAUCAAUCAGUAUAUUUAAACUAUAAAUAAAGUGUACUUUCAAAUGGGGCUACAUUAUAAAUUGAUUUUGUGGGGUUCCCAUGAGGUAUGUCGUUAUAAAUAUAUUGAAACAAUUUGGUUUUUAAUUUAGAAAAAUUUAUGGCACAUUUGUUUUCUUCUUUCUCCAUUUUUAUUUGAAAAAUUCAUGUGGCCUGAAGAUAAUGAAGUAUGUGAAUAGAUGAGUUUAAGAUGGUGGCAAUACUAUGAGAAUUUGGCAGCAAAUUCAGAACACACCGGUUAAUACUAAUUUUAAAUUAAAUUUUUGCAUGCAAUAUUUUGUGUAAUGAAUUGCCAAUUUGUUUAUGUGAAAUUACACAAAUUUUUCAACUAACAUAAUGAGUAAUGUUCAAAGGAAGUUUAUCAUAUUGGAUUAAAGUUCAGAAUUAGUUUUGUUAGUUACUGUUACUCUUAUUUUCUCAUACAGAUUUUUGCUUAAAAGGAGGGGAGAAAUGAAUUAGUAACUUCUAUGAAUCAGUGUUGCCUUAAAGUUCAUGUGGACAUAUCUUAUAAUAAGGAUCACUGAAACAAUAAAUCAAUUAGGAUCACUGAAACAAUAAAAUAUAAGGAACAUUUUUUAAAUAAUUAGUGCCGAGAUGACAAUGCACAUUUUCUUCUUAUUUUAUUGCUCAUGCCUAUCUUGCAAAUGACCCUCAACUUCGCUCCUUUUGCAAAAGCAUCUUGAUCUUCAUGUUUUAAUUACAUCUGUGAAACUAUUCUUAUGCAUUUGUGUGAACAAUCACUUGAAGAUGCAGGUUGCAUUAAUAGGCUGCAUUUUGCAUGUACGUGUUGCUAUGAUUGUGAGCCCACAGAGCUUAUAUUUUCAAUGUUUUUUGGGAUUCCUUUUUCAAUGCAGGUUUCCACAACUGUGGGAAUAGAAAUUCUCCUUUUUGGGGAGGGGAUCAUUGCCAGUUUUCAACACUCUUCCCAUUUUGUAUGUACUUAUUAAUGUGGACUUCUUCUGGUGUACUUUUUGUCAAGAGGAAUUCGUAUUUUAAUAUUGUUUCUUACAAAAAUUUGCAACUCUUUUUGCCAGUGUUGAAUGUAAACUUAUUGCUCAAUUUCCCUAAUGGGUUUUAGGCCCAUUGAAAAACUUUUGCAUUCGUUAUAUUUAUUUUAGUACUUAACCUGAAAAACAAUUAUUACGUCGUAAAUCAAUUACAUUUUUCUUGGAUUGUAACGUAACUUUUAUGUUAAAUGGCCAACAGAUUUUCAUUCAGCGUCACUGCAUGUGUUACAGGACACUGAAAGAAUAUUCUAUUCAACUGUUCUACUUCAUAAUAUGACAUUUGGUAGGGAAGCAAAACUAUUGUUCCACAAUCUCCAUCUGCUACAUCAGUAUAUAAUAUACUAUAAUAUAAUAUUAUUUGGUUAUUUUUUGGAAAAAUUACUUACAAUCCAUUCCUUUGAACAUUUUGCUGUUGCAUUUCAAAUUCAUGUUGGUAGUAUGAAACAAUGGCCUGUGACACCAAAUAUUGUAAGGUAAGUUCUUAUUUUAAUAUAUAUAUGUGUAUUUAUAUAUAGUUAGGCUUUUGCAAGGCUAUGAAGCAGAGGGUUGCGGCUUCCCCCAGCAAAUAGUGACUGAUGAUUACUGGGUCCCCUGCUUCCAGUCGGAUACAAAGAGGACUCACAAAGUAUGGUGCCAUUUCAACUUGCCAACACCUCAAAAAUAAACAUCCUAUACACAGUUGUGUAAACAAAUCAUUGGUGCUGUUCUUGGACCAAAGAGAUACACUGUUAUUGAUUUCAGUAUGUUCAAGGGGCAAAAGAGUAUCUGUAUUGUUAUUUAUGUUUUGAAUUUUGUGGAGCAGCUAUAACAAGGCACUGGACUGCUUAAUAGCGCUGCUUACAUUAACAUAACUGCUCAAUUUUGCUAUGUUCUGGUUGCAUCUCAAGAACAAAUGAAACAGUGCUAUUUGUUAAAUGGAUAUAUGAAUUCACAAUUCAACACUGAAAUGGAGGGCCAAGUAGGGACAUAUUGUAUUAUUGAACUGAUAGUAUUGUGUGAGUGGCUAUGUUUGUGUAGUAAGAACUUGCACCAGGAAUCCAGGCACUGGUGAAGCUUCAGAUGUGUAUUGAAUGCAACAGAAUGUGUACUGAAUAAUAAUAAAUUUGUAUCAAAGUGGUUUUGUUUGUGAAAGCAGUGUCAAACCACCCCUUUGCCUUUGGAUUUUAAUAACUUGAACCAAGGGUAUCAGUACCUAUCAAGUACCGUUGAACUUGAAUACCAAGAAAUCAAGAAUUGUAGGUCAGAGCUUCUGACUGUAGGGUCGGUUAUGGCUAGUCAGAGAAAUUGUUGUAUUUCCAACAUUCUUUAUCUGUAUUGUUAUCUGCGGUCACAAUUUGUUAAUCCUACGAGUUAGUCUGCCUUCAUUGCUGAAAAUUGGCAUCUCCAAGGUCUUAAUCUUCGAUAAACGAAUUAUAACAUAUUUCAUCCCUUGGAUAAUGUGGCCCCUAAGUCUUGUUCAUUUUAAAUGCUGUAAUUUUUUUAGAAUACUAUUGUAAUUUUUAAAAAAUCAAAAUUUUAAGGUACGCAAGUCUUCAAUUUUUUAAAUUUUUGUUAUGUGGAAGAAAUUUUAUCUUUGACAUUGGGUCACAUGAAUAAAAGCAAGUAAAUGCUAUUAUUAGAACCUUUUGAAGUAAAUACUUUUGUUUUGGUUAAUAAAACUUGUGUACUAGCUUUUACUUGAAGUAAAUACUCUAUCUCAUAGUAAGAACUUAUUUUUAUAGCAUUUACUUAAAAUGUGAAUAAAACAGCUUUUACUUCUCUUCAUAAGUAAAUACUCUGAAUUUUUUAAACACAGUGGUGACUAAACUAGGGAGUGAGUUUUUGCAGAAAAGCUCAGCAAGUGUGGGUGUGUUUGGAACAAAUUACAUAUUAACAAAUGUGCAAAUGGCGUACGCCCAAGGGGGGCGGGCACGGCCCCCUAAAAAUUUCAAUGGGGAAGCAUAGUCCUACUUCAAAAUAUUUUAUGUCCUUGAAUUUGAUAAAUUUCUGAACCCCCCAGUUUUAAACUGUUAAUUUGGGGAAUUGAUACAAGACAUUUGAGGGACAGGUUUUUCAAACCGCCUGACAACCAUGUAAAUGGUUGCACAUGAAAACAAUUGAAUUGUGGUCGGACUCCAACAAGAAAGGUUACAGCAGCGAUGCCUGCGCUCAGCCGUGUGAGACACAAACCGAACACCGACUUGUCGUUCAGAGUUCGUAACUUUUUGUUGUUCACUAUUUGAUAUAUGUACUAUUAAAAAAACAUGACAUUAGGCGAAUGUUAAAAAAAUUGCUAAUCUGACAUGGUUUUAACUUUGUUUCUUGAAGUAAAAUUAUUUUCACUUGUUCUAAAUAUAUAAUAUCAUUCAAAAUUUAAGUAUUGAAAUAUGUCGAUAUUUAAAUAUACAAAGCACUUUUUGUCUCUAUUUUAUCUCGUGCAUGCUCAUCGUGAAUAUUAUGUUUUAAAACAAUUUUCGUCUCAUGAAAAUUUUGAAGCGAGUAUUGUUGUCUACACCUGUGUCUGUUUAUAACGUUUUGUUGUUGUUUUUUUGAAAUAUAAUUGUAUUCCCGACCGAAUAUACUUUUUUAAU